AUGGUGCCUUUUUUGCAGGUUUUGGAAGAGGUUGGCCAGUUUGUACUCUCAUCAUGUUUUAGUGGUUAUAACAGUUGUUUGUUUAGCUAUGGGGCAUGUGGCAGUGGCAAGACGCACAUCAUGUUUGGAACAGAUAAAAGCCAAGGUCUCAUGUCAUGGAUUUGUGAAAACCUUUUCAAAAGAGCUUCAUGUUAUGAUGAUGAUACAUCUUUCAGAGCUGAAAUCAGGUAUAAUUUUUCUUUUACUUUUAUAAGGGGUUUACUGUAUUUACAUGGAUUGGAGAAAAAUUUAUUGAAUUUUCUUUUAUGGGAAAGUCCUUACAUUUCAGGAUAUGUUCCCUCUCCUUUUAUCGGUAAGAGAGGUUUUCUUUUGAGAAAUGUCUGCAUUUAUCAUCGUAGUGAUAUCAUGAUUUUUUUUGUUGACUGGUUUCAUUCCCCGUACACAUCUGUAUUUUGCAAAAAGAUGAUUUCGAUUGAGCACUGUACUGUGACUAGAAGCAGCUAUCUUAGUUGCAAAUGUACCAAAGGGACAGGCAUCCAGAUAUAUAUAGCAUCAUUAAGGAAAACAAGGCAUGAAGAAAUAGGAAUUUUUGCAUACUCUUUGCUGGGCUUUGUAAGGAAGGUAUACAUUCUUGAUGAUUACAAAUUUACCAAGAGCAAGCAUCCAGGUGUGUGGCAUCAGGGAAGGAAGCAUAUUAAAAAUGGGAAUUUUUUUGCUACUGUGAGCCCAGAUGGAUAGUCUUUCCAGCUAGUGGUUUGAUUACACUAGUUAACUUCAGAGUGGUUACAAAUUUACAAUCAUUUGUUAAGGGAAGUGGGUGCUAUGUGUAUAACCUCAGAGAAGAAACAGAAAUUUUGCACCACUCUGCACCUAGCAGAUACGCACUCCUUAGGUUGAACUUGGUACAUUUAUAGUGUCUGCAAAUUUACCAAGAAGGCACUGGUGUCCAGUUGUAUAGCAUGGGGAAUAAAAGUAUGAAAAUAGGAAUUUUUGCAGUACUCCUUCAGUCCCAAAGUGGCCAAAAUCUGAGUAUUAGUCAAAAAAAAUUCAAAUUUUGGAUUGUACGAUGCCAAAAAAAAAGUACUUCUUGAAGAUGCCAUACAACCGGCUAUGGUACACUGAGUUCUUGUAAAAGUGGAAUUUUUUGUUUUGUACAGUUUUCUUGAAAUACACAAAGAAUUUGUGAAGGAUUUGCUGGGAAGAAGAAGAAACUGGCAGGACUCAUUACGAGGUAUACAAACUUGAAUGACUGAUACACGUGUUGCCUUGCAUGGUAUAGUAAAAAUUAUUAGUUCUGCACUUGUAGUUAAAGAUACGUAAAUCAGUAGGGCUGUACAGUUUUGGUCUUUUGAAAACUUACAGCUUUCAAAUUUAGCCAUUUCUUUAUUCUGAUCAGAUGUUGACUUAAGCAGCUUCAAACUGGAAAAAGAAAGUGUCAGCCCUUAGCAGACUGUCUUGUUCUGCAAAAGCUACUUUUUGUUAACCGCAUGAAUGCAUUUAUACCUAUUCUCCAAAUGACCAUUGUACUAAUGUGCAAUUACAGAGUGAGAGUUUGCAAUUGGUCCAGUUUGUACAAGAGACUGAUGAUCUAGCUUGAUAAGCUUGAGUAAGCAUUCCUAGCUUGUCUCCUAAUUAUUUGUUUCAAAAAAAAAAUUGCCAACAGAUAAAUUAAGUUCAUCAUAUAAAUGACUUAAUUGUAAUAAUCACUUCCAAGAAACAAGCUUGCAAAAGUUCAUUGUUGGAAGGUCAAGCAAAACAAGGCUCAGUAUCAAACUGGAUUCCUGUCUCCUUUAGAACCUGAGAUCCGGCUCUAUUUUUCUUUGGCUUGGUAAAUAAAAUUCCGCCCGCAGGCAAGGUAAAACGAAAACCUGAUCUCAGGUUAUCUUCUCUAGUAAAUACUUUUAAGAUUAUUGUUUUAAUGGGAAUAUGGGUAACUAUAGUGGUUUUUAUUUGCUUUCCUUGCAGUACGUGAACACCGUGAAUUUGGUGUGUAUGUCGACAAAUUGACAAAACAUAUUGUUACAGAUGUUUGUGAAGUUUUUGGAUUGAUUGAUAAAGGGAAGAAAAAUAGGUGAGGUCUGUUGCUGUCUACUGUAACCAAGGUUCAGAUCAUUAGCUCCCAAAUAAGAGCUGGAGUUCUGUCAAGGAUUUAAGUUUUUUUUCAUUACUGACUACUGUACAAACCAGUACAUGUGACGUAUCUUAUUUACCUGACUGAGUAUACAGCUGUAAGUAAAUGGCUGCCCUUUGUUGAAGCUCGACACAAGAGUUUCGUCCAUGGUUCCUAGAAAGAAACUUAUCAUCAAACAAUCUUCUAUUUCUAAGAUUUUGUUAAAGGUAAGGUUUUUGCUGUAAAGUUUAUUCCGCCCUUGUAGACUACUCGAAUUGUUUUCACCAAGAGAGAAUAACAAGACAGAGAAGUAAACGCCCAGCCGAGCCCUUGGGAUUUGUGCAUUUUAGCAAAGUUAUUUUUAGACCAAUUAAACGCUUGUAAUUAAUCGGAAGUUGGUUUCCAGCGAGGUCCACAAAUUUUCAUUCAGUUUUGUCCAGAGAGAGUUCAGCAGUCGCUAAUACAAUAUUCUGCAUCGUUUUGUUUGAGGCAGUCGCGCGUAAAGUUGAUAACAUUUCAAAAAAUCGAUUUAUAUGUGCGGACGUCCCAGUAUUUAGACUUCCGUUAAAUCACAACCUUUAAAAAAACUUUAAUGAAAUUCACAUAUCCUUGCCAACGCUCUAAGAUUUCCUCCCUUUCCCAUUACUCUCUCUGGUGUAAGCACAUGUUCCUCUUCUACAGCAAAUGUUUUCGAAAGAAAUUCCUCUCCUACCACGCUCUUACAGACUGUCACUAACGCAAAGUCCCGAGGGACAGGUGUCCGAUUUUUAUGUCAUUCCUACAAGCAUUUUCAUGUACAUACUUUUCAAUGAAAAAAAUGAACAAGAAGAAGAAAUAUAAAUCGAUUAGUCGAAACAUAUUUGAACAUGUCAUCUACUUCUACGAAUCUGAGUGUACAUUUGUUUCAUCUUUACAGAUCAGUUUGUUCAAGAGCGUCAGAUUCAUUUUCCAGUAGUUCGCAUACAAUCUUCACCAUAAGGUUUACCCAGGUAAUAACAACAAUUGAAUAUAUGACUUUUUUCGUGAUGUUUGAGGCGAUUUGUAUUUAACGCACGUUGCUGUUUCGAGGAAAUUUUUAAUAUUCUUAAUCUAUUUAGGCACGUCUUGAAGAAAAUUUGCCGAGUGAAAUUGUCAGUGUGAUUCAGCUUGUGGAUUUAGCAGGAAGCAAGAGCAUACAUGACGAGGUAGAUUGA